AUGGAUACCAAAAAGUCUCCCGCCGAAGACAAUGUAUCAUGUAAAGAAGGCCAGGUCGAUACUCGCAGUACGCCAUACCGACCCAUGCCAGAGACUCUUCAUAGCCUUAGCGAGGCCGAGUUUGAAAAUCUCAACAGAAGAAUUGUUCGCAAGGUCGACCUGCUCGUCCUCCCAACCAUUGGAGUGUUAUACAUUUUGAACUACGUCGAUCGUCAGAACCUGGCUGCGGCCAAGCUUCAGGGUAUCAUGGAAGAUCUACAUAUGUCCACUCAGCAAUUUGCUACCGCAAUCUCGAUCCUCUUUGUUGGUUAUCUACCCUUUCAGAUCCCAAGCAACCUUAUCAUCACCAAGAUCGCACGACCAGGCAUGUAUAUAUGCUGUGCUGUCGCAGUUUGGGGAGCUAUUUCCGCGGCAACGGCUGCUGUAAAAACUUAUGGGCAACUAUUGGCUGUAAGGGCUAUCCUUGGGACAGCUGAGGCAGUCUUUUUCCCGGGGGCAAUCUACUAUCUCUCUUCGUGGUACACGAAAAAGGAGCUUGGAAAGCGUAUUGCCGCUCUUUAUAUUGCUCAGCAAGUUGGAAAUGCUUUUGGUGGACUCUUUGCCGCAGCUAUUCUCCAGCUUGACGGAGUACACAAUAUUGCCGGCUGGCGGUGGCUAUUCAUCAUCGAGGGUAGCGCUACAGUUGGUCUUGGAGUGAUAUGCGCCUGCAUUAUGCCUGAAUUCCCCCACAACAGUCGCAUUCUUUCCCCAUUGGAGCGUGAUCUGGCCGUAUGGCGUAUCGAAUCUGAAGCCGGUGCAGCCGAAGGCAAUGAGAACGAAAGUGUUUGGCGAGGAUUCGCCAAAGCACUUUCUGAUCCCAAGCUGGUGCUUCUCAUUUUCUGUAACAUGCUUUCACAAACCCAAGGUUCUAUCGCCAAUUACUUUCCAACGCUCGUCAACUCGCUCAACUUCUCUCGUACUAUCAGCCUACUCCUGACCGCACCACCUUACAUUCUCGCUGGUGCUGUCUACUACGUCAUCAUGUUUUACUCGGACCGCAAAAACACUGUUUACCCUCUGAUUAUCACUUGCAUUUCUAUCUCCAUCGUUAUGUAUAUAAUUCCAAUGACGACAGUCAACGUCGGCGCACGCUACUUUUCCAUGAUGAUACUCCCCUUUGCUUCCGUCGGGCCGCAGCUUCUCCUCUACAAGACAAUCAAUCUCCACCUUGCACGACCGGUGUCCAAGCGUGCAGCGGCUUCUGCUCUAGUCAAUGCCAUUGGUGGCACAGCGAACAUUUGGACUUCAUACCUAUAUUAUUCGGCGCCACAUUUCUAUGCUGCUUUCGGAGCACUUAUGGGCGCUGCAUUGUUGCUGGCUACUACGAUUACGUUUUAUCGUUGGCUAGUCUUGCGUGAGAAUAAACGCUUAGACUCAGGCGAUCCGAAUGAGAUCGCAAAGGUCUUGAAGGGUGGAGUUACAGAGGAAAUGGUGCUGCUCAACUGGCGCUAUGAGAUGUAUUGA